AUAGAAUAUAGAAUAUAGAUCCCAUUCCCACCAGCGGCAAGUUGGCAAUGGCACCGAUAUGAAGACGGCGAUGUAUACAACAGCGUCCAGUCGAACCCAACGUCCUUUUCUAUAUUUAGGAGUCAUCUUCCAUUUCAUUUUCCUUUCCAUAUUUGGUCUUCUUCAAUCCUCCGCCCAUUCUUAAAUCUUCAACAACCUUCCUCUCCUCUAUAACUAUCCCUUCCUUUCUCUUCCUCAAUCCACAUCCAAUUUCAUCAGCACCAGCCCCCAGGAGACGCAAUUUCUUCCGGAGCAUCUUCUGGGAGCAACCCCCCACCCCGGGAAUCACUCACAAACACAAUGCCAGGUGGUGAAGAGAGAGAUGAUGGUGUUAUGGCCACUGACUUCUUCUGGUCUUACACCGAUGAACCUCACGCUUCCAGGAGACGACAAAUUCUCUCUCAGUACCCUCAGAUCCGGGAGCUCUUCGGUCCUGACCCCUGGGCUUUCUUCAAGAUUUCUGUGGUUGUUCUGCUUCAGUUAUGGACUGCUACGACCCUUCACAGUGCAGACUGGUUAAAGAUAUUGGCAAUAGCCUACUUCUUUGGCUCUUUUCUCAACCACAACCUAUUUUUAGCCAUUCACGAGCUCAGUCACAACCUUGCCUUCUCAACACCUGAUUACAACAAGUGGCUCGGGAUUUUUGCUAAUCUCCCCAUUGGAGUGCCCAUGUCCAUCACAUUUCAAAAGUAUCACCUUGAGCACCAUCGCUUUCAAGGAGUGGAUGGCAUGGAUAUGGACGUUCCAAGCCAGACCGAAGCUCAUCUGGUGACUAAUGUUGUCUCAAAAGCUAUAUGGGUUAUCUUCCAACUAUUCUUCUAUGCACUCCGCCCACUGUUUCUCAAACCAAAGCCCCCAGGUCACUGGGAGUUCAUCAACUUCAUUAUUCAGAUAGCCCUUGAUGUUGCCAUGGUUUACUUCUGGAGUUGGAAGUCUUUUGCUUACUUGAUCCUCUCCACAUUCGUUGGCGGUGGGAUGCAUCCAAUGGCUGGUCACUUCAUUUCCGAACAUUAUGUCUUCAAUCCCAAACAGGAAACAUAUUCUUACUACGGUCCACUUAAUCUUCUUACAUGGAGUGUAGGUUACCACAAUGAACACCAUGACUUCCCCAGAAUUCCAGGAAGCAAGCUUUAUAAAGUGAAGGAGAUUGCACCUGAAUACUACAACGAAUUAGAUUCAUACAAAUCGUGGAGCCAGGUGAUAUACAUGUACAUUAUGGACAAGACAGUGGGGCCAUUCAGUAGGAUGAAGAGAAUGCCAAGGAAAUCUGAGUAGUUCAUCCUUUCUCCUCCUCUCCCCUUUUAGAUAUUUUUUGUUCGAUUCUUUCUCCACCUUUUCUGGUGGAUCAUUCUCUUUGAGCUGGUUGUGCCUUUGUUUUAUUUACAUACAUUCAUGGAGAGUUUUCUUUAUUCUAUUUAGAUUGUAUAGUAGCCAGGCAUGUUCACUGUACUGUAUUUGAUUUUCAUGGCUUUUUGAGGGAUUGGUUUGUAAAAGGAGCCAAGAAUUAGCGAACCUAGAUUCUCAUAGGUUUGAUGUUUUGGUUAAUUUAUAAUUUUAGUACUGACUGUACCUACGUAUUUUUAUCUA